CAAACAUCGUAUCGCAAUGAGUACUCGCUGAAGAUGGAUUACCAUUCAAUUCACGGCUAUGACAGAGCAAGCUUUGGCACACCCAACACGCACCGACUUCCAACAGUCUCAGCUUCACAGGCUCUUGACGAGCUUGGUAACGACGCGUCAACUCAUGUCUCGAUUGGGAUUGAGGAGUUAGAUCGUUCUCUUAUUGCCAAUAUACCAGUUGACUCUCAAGAUCCCACUGCCAAAGGUGGUGUUCAACGCGGCCAGGUCACGGAGAUCUGGGGUCCCCCUGGUGCUGGCAAGACAGCAUUGGGGCUGCAGCUUACAGCAAAUGCAUUGUGUGAUGGCGAUGCUGUUGUCUGGGUAGAUUGUUUUCAAGCUCUGCAGCACGACAGACUUCGGGCCGUGACCAAUGCAACAAAAACUCGUCGCAACAGUCAAACAAAUUCAGCGCUUGAUGCAUCAGAGACUCAAGAAGGAGACGCUAGUCGAUUCUAUCAUUACUCAUGCUUCACUCUCCCCCAUCUGGUUGCUCUCGUGUCACGGCCUACCGCCAAGCUGAUUCCACACAACUGCUCAUUAAUGGUCAUCAGUUCGCUAUCAGCAUUGGUUAACUCCGCCUUGCCCAAAUCCCACGAUGGCAAGGCUACAUCUAAGAGCAACAAGGGUCCAAGUCCAUCUGCAAAGCGAACACAAGCAUUGCUUUCGAUCGUGAAUGCCCUUCACAAAUUUGCUGCAACGAGAAAUUGUGCAGUUGUGGUUCUGUCUCAGUGUGCAACGAAAAUGCAUUCAGAAAGGGGUGCAACGCUGACAGCCGCGGUCAAUGCCAGUGUAUGGGAACAAGGGAUUUCAACUCGACUUGUCAUGUUUCGAGACUGGGCCUGGCAAGAGAACAAUCUUACAAGCGUCUUCCUGGCAGGUCUGCAAAAACUGGAUGGAAAGGCAUGCCAGGAGGUCGUGGAGAACGUCGUCGCAUUUAAAGUGGAGUUGGACGGGGUCAGCCAGGUUCCCUACGAAGCAUUACAAACUUUUGAGUUAGCCCGACAUAAGCGAAAGCUUGGACAAACAGAACUCGAGGUUCCUGAUAGCGAGGAUGACGAGGAUUACGGAUGGGCAGAUGAAGAUGAAGCGGCCAUGCCGGCGCCUCCGCCUCAGUGGCAAGGCAGUGAAGACCUCAUUUUGGGCCAAGACAUCGGUCAAAGCGAAGACGAAAACAGCGAACAAGAGGAGCCUGUCACUGAUGAUGAAUCGAUCAUGAAAUGAGGCUCUGGACGGAGUCUGGGUGGAGUCUGGGAAUUGUUGGGGGAUAGUCUCGGCGCCGGUGAAGCACCGAGCAUACCAGACUGUAAAGCAGUCUCGCCAGGCAUGGGCAGAGCCUCACAGCGAGACAGAGAAGUCAAGAUAUCCCCACAGAGCGAAAUGAAGGAAAACUUGAGCCCCUUUAUCAAAUAGCCAUGGCGGCUCCGCCCUGAGCAAGAAAACAGCGCAAACUGGGAUUGCUGGGAGCCACAAUAAAGCCGCGCAUCAUGCUUGCUGGGCCAUAGUCGGGUUGCCAAGAAGCUUCGGACAAGUCCGGCCGUAGUCUGAUGAGGUUAAGCAUCGUGGUUCGUGGUGGGAGGUAUUUCGUCAUGCUUCAUGGUCCCCGGACGAAGACAUGCUUCUCGAAGGAUAAGAAUUUUCGACGAACACACAACCCCAGGACCUAGGUCCCCCAAACAAGCAUAGCUUUGCUUGGCGUUUCUCCAUCCAGGUCGCCCAAGAAUGAACAACGGUUGGGCGGCUGGCGGAGGUUUUACUCUACUAACGUGGCGCUUGGAGGUGCGUGCUCCACCGGGCCGGUUGCUCUAUGAUGGGGAUAUUGAAGUACCUACGGGGAAAAGAUACUUGUGUGUGCUUGUCUCUGCCCCCGGGUUUUGUACAUACACACCACCCUUCCGACCUGGUUGUCGAAAGCUCCUGAUAAGUUCAUCCCCGAGAUUUUCUUUACGACCCUUAUUUCUGUGUCAUCGACGGUGGCGAUUUUGCUGAAGAAAACGUGGACACGCAACCUCUUGGGCUGAAAAGCCAAAUGUUCGGAGAAAAGAAGCCCGGGAGAAGAUGCAUAGAAGCAUGGCUGACUCGACGAAUGACGCAGCAGUUUCCAGCAUGGAUGGUGCUAUCACCGUCUGUCCUAUGUACAUAGUACAGCGACCAUCUCGCGCAGCUUUUAUUAAGCAUUAAUGGCCCUUGACUUGAAAUGGUUUGCCAUGCAUAUCUAAGCCAGUGAUACCAGGCUCCGGCGCAUUCAACGCAUGCAACAGCAUGCACAAUGCAAACCCGUGUUUUGCCUUCUUAUUAUGGAUACAAUGCGCAGUCUUGAAACCCAGUGUACUCUGUUGUUGUGGAUAAAUCAACACCAAGCACCCAAUAACAACGGUCUGCGUGGUGAUUUAGAAUAUACCAGAUGAGUCCCAUCCGGGCUAAGUACGAUAUUUG